AUGCGACUGACAAGAACACCGGUACAAGAAAGGUAUUCUUCGACUACGGGUGAGCGCACCCGCUUCGGCCGAGGCGGAAGUACCCCCCCCGCCCAGACGCAGAGCGCACAACACGACGCACACUCCGCAACUGCAGACAACUGCCGGCGGCGCACGCUACGCGAACGUCAGCGCGCCCGACGUGCGUACGCCACCGCCCCGCCCCCUCAGACGGGCGGCAAGGAGCGCCUACUAAUUGGAGUAUACAAGGCCUUUAAAAAUGUGACAGCAGAGUUCAGAGACAAUGUUAGAGAAAUCCGUUUAUUGAGUGCUACUCUGUACAAGGUACCAUAUGUGUUUCUGGAGAACCUGUCCAAAUCCCCUGCUUCAGAUGCCACACAAGGUGUUGGUGCAGUUGAGGGUCUUUCAGCAGCCCAGCGGAAAUUUGCUCAUUCACUCAGAGACUUUAAAUUUGAGUUUAUUGGUGAUGCAGAGACUGAUGAUGAACGCUGCAUAGAUGCGUCCUUACGUGAAUUUUCAAAUUUUUUGAAGAAUCUGGAAGAACAGAGAGAAAUUAUGGCAUUAAGUGUAACUGAAACCCUGAUUAAGCCCUUGGAAAAAUUCAGAAAAGAGCAACUUGGAGCUGUAAAGGAGGAAAAAAAGAAGUUUGACAAAGAGACAGAAAAGAAUUAUAGCCUAAUUGAUAAACAUUUGAAUUUAUCAGCCAAAAAGAAAGACUCACAUUUACAAGAGGCAGAUAUCCAAGUGGAGCAAAACCGGCAACACUUUUAUGAACUGUCUCUUGAAUAUGUAUGUAAGCUUCAGGAAAUCCAAGAAAGAAAGAAGUUUGAGUUUGUGGAACCUAUGCUGUCAUUUUUUCAGGGAAUGUUUACUUUCUAUCAUCAGGGCCAUGAACUUGCCAAAGACUUCAAUCACUACAAAAUGGAACUACAGAUCAACAUUCAGAAU